AUGGCCAAUGUUACCGCAAACCGUGGGCCUCAGCUCAUGGCCAUCGACUACACAUUCGUGAUCCUCGCUUUCAUCACCAUUGUGUUAAGAUUCGGUGUUCGUGUAUUCCUUGUGAGAUCCUUCGGCCUUGACGACUGGCUUAUGGGACUCGCUGCUAUCACUUUCACUCUAUACUGCUCGUUCUCGAUCACAGGUGUACAUUAUGGAACUGGCCAACAUGAGGCCGAACUACCCGCAGAAAACGUUUCGACAGCACGCAUGUUCUGGUGGAUUUGUUAUCUCAUGUAUGCCAUGACCAUGAUCUUGUCGAAAGUCUCCAUUGGGUGUCUUCUACUCCGCGUCGCUGCCAGGAGACUGCAUACCUGGAUUAUUUACGGUGCCAUGGCUAUUACCGUUGUCACCUGUUUGGUGUUUUUCUUUGUUACCAUAUUUCAAUGCGCGCCGAUAUCAUUCUUUUGGAACAAGAAUCAGGAUGGAACCUGUGUUAGCAUGGACGUCAUCAUUGGGCUGGCAUAUCUGUACAGUGUCUGCAGUGUGUUCACGGACUUUACAUUCGCUCUGCUGCCCGCGUGGAUCAUCUCCGGCCUUCAAUUGAACAUGAGGACCAAGCUUGCCCUCAUUCCUCUGAUGGCAAUGGGUUGUGUUGCCAGUGCAGCUGUCGUUGUUCGAUUCGCCUACCUCCCCCGCUUCCGAGAUCCCGAUUUUCUCUGGGCCACAACGGACAUUGCCAUCUGGUCCACCGUCGAAGAAGGCUUGGCUAUCGCCGCAGGUAGUCUGGCCACCUUGCGUCCGCUACUGAAGCUCGUAGGCUAUAAGCUUGGCCUUACGAGUGGCCGCCCUUCGCAUAUGGGAGCAUCUAGCUACGGAAAGAUGGGAAGCAUGGCAGACAAACUUACCAGCCGACGACGAGGUAGCCAGAGCGCAGGAGGAGUUCUCACCCUGAAGUCUGUACGUGGAGAUGACGAUACCCCCGAAUCAUCUGGCAAACCUCCCGCGUCUUAUGACGUCCGCGUGCUAGGCCGAUCGAAAAAGGAGUCCGCGGAUACGAUUAGCUUAUCGAAUGUGAUCGCCCACAGCAAGACGUAUGAGGUGACAGAAGAGUAUAUUGGUCACCCGUCUACGCCAGAGGAUCAACCCUGGCCCGAAAAAGGGAGACCAGGGAGCACUGAAAGCACGAGACGAUUGAGAUCGGAAUUUUCUGCAGAUCCGAUAUACGGGCAACGUACAAGCCCGGUAUAG